AUGAUAACUACUUCCAGUCAACCUAAAUAUUUACCCAUCACCCCAUAUAUGUCUGAACAAAGUCGUGAAAAUAGUAACAUAAAUUUUGGUGAUAGUAGUAAUACCCAAGGACAAAUGGAUUCUCCGGGUAUUCCAUGGGUUAGAACGACUAUGGACUAUGGUAACCCUGGCCCACAGGACAACCGAUAUCCUGUAAUGGAAGAUAACUUUCGUGAUGUCUAUCAUGCUGCAGUGGCAGUACCGUCGAGACAAUACGAAGAGUACAUGCAGCCUCUAGAUCAGGGCCAACAUCAACAUCAACUACAGCUACAGCAGCAGCAGCAGCAGCAGCAGCAGCAGCAACUUUUGAUGCAGCAAGAACAAUUAUAUUUACAGCAGCAGCAUCAGCUGCAACAGAAACCGCAGGUACUACAUCAACAACUGCAGCAGCAUUUACUAGCACCCCAAAACCCUCAACAACAGCAUUCGCAACAGCAUCAGCAAAUGCUCUACCAACAACAGAUGGUGGUGCAACAGCAGCAACAGCAGCAACAGCAGCAGCAACAAUCCCACCAGCAACUGCACCAACAACAUUAUUACCAUCUUACAUCCCCGUACCAACUUGGUGGUCAAAUAACUCCAGGUAACCAAAUGCAGGGAGUCCCACUUCCCGGCCAUCCACAUGAGAGUAUACUUGUCCCUCAGGCAGAUCAAAUACACCCAGAAAUGUCAGGUAUGAAAGUACCCAGUCACAAAAUGCAGAGUCCAUACACAAACCUAAUUCAUUUGUCUCAGCCUCAAUCACCCUUCCAAUAUCACAACCAUCCUUCUAAUUUACCACAUUUGCAGCCAAUUAUGCAACCUUCGUCAGAGCCGGUACCUUUACAACAUAAUGAACAUUCACCAAACUUACAAGACAGGAACUACCAAUAUGAUGAUGAUCUGGAUCAUCAAUCAAACCAAACACGUAGAACACUUCUUAGAUGUCCUGUGCGAGACUGUCCAUGGAGUCAAAGAAAAAUUAGAAGAGCAGAGUUACGUAAACACUGCUUCGAGACCCAUUUAAAUAAAGGGAAGAUUGCAAGAGGAAUAGAUCCCGAAACGGCGGAUUUAAUUUCGCUGUUGUCCUACAAAUGUAACGUACCUAAUUGUGGCAAGCAUUACAGCAGAAGCGACUCGCUCAAAAGACAUAUCAAAUUAAUUCACAAUAGAUCUACCAGUAGAUUUAACAAAAAGCUUAGAGACCGGGUUUUAAGCGAGGAUUCAAAGUCUGUGUAG